AGUACAGCGGCUGUUUUGUUUUGUAAUUGAAUUGAAUUGAAUGAAGGUUUAUUGAGUUCAGUGUGGCUGACAAUAGAAGAAUUCGGCUGUGUUUGGAUUCGUUAAAGCUUUUGCAUUUUUAAUCUAUUGACUGACAUACAAAGCGGCUCAACGUACAAAUAUUUGCUUGCUUGUGCGCAGUUACAGCAUAUUGCUUGAAUAACUUUGCAAAUAACCACCGAUAUAAAAAACGCUUCAAUAUUUGGCUCUCAAGACUAUUUAGUAAAAUGGCAAGCCCUGGACCCCGACCGCUUGUGGUGUGUGGACCAUCUGGGAGUGGAAAAAGUACUCUGCUUAACAGAUUGUUUAAGGAAUAUCCGCAUACUUUUGGUUUCAGUAUAUCUCACACAACCAGGAACCCACGUGCGGGUGAAGAACACGGCGUACAUUACUACUUUGUCACCAAAAAUGACAUGGAAAACGCGAUAGCCAGGGAUGAAUUCAUCGAAACUGCAGUCUUCAGUGGCAAUACAUAUGGAACCAGUAAAGCUGCUAUAAAAUGUGUACAAAGUGCAGGAAAGGUUUGCAUUUUGGAUAUUGAACCGCAAGGCGUAGAACAAAUCAAGAACACCGAUUUGAAUCCUGUGCUUAUCUUUAAUAACCCCCCCUCUGUGGAAGAAUUGGAACGCCGUUUACGCAAACGUAAUACCGAGACUGAAGAAACCUUAAGCAAGAGAUUAUCAGCAGCAGAAUUCGAAAUAAAUUACGGCUUGCAGCCAGGAAACUUCCACAAGAUUAUUCAUAAUAUCAAUAUUGAUGAAGCAUACGAGGAAUUUCGCCAUUUCAUCAUAAACGAACUCAAGGCACAAGAGGAAAUAGGCAUCUUUAUACGCUGGGAUGCUUCAGAGUAAACUAUGUUUGUUAUUGUUGCUUUGUGCUUGUAGGUCACUUAAAUGUACAAAUUCUAUGUUCCAGUGCAAUAUAUUUAUAGAAUAAUAAACUGCAAUGUUCAAUGUUCA